UAAAACAAUUUUGUGUCACCAAAGAAAAAAGAGAAGAAUUGGUCCUACACAAGAGUUCUCAGAGACACUGAACAAGACAUUAGAAUGCUUUAAUGAGAUCAGCAUGGAUGUUGAAAACUAGCUUGAAAUCUUACCUGCUGUACCCAAGAAUGAAUGUUAAAAUGGAAAUUAUGAAAUAUUCUGUUCAUGUUGGGGAGAGGCCUAAAGCGCAAGCUGAGUGACUAUGAGGAGAACAUGGCUGGUCUCUCGAGUGCCUUUGAUUCCAGUCGAGGUCUGCCCUACCCACUCAAGAGGCAGCUGGUGCUCAACAUGUGCCUCACCAAGUUACAGACGUACAAAAUGCUGGUGGAGCCCAACCUGCACCGCUCCGUCCUCAUCGCCAACACCGUGCGGCAAAUUCAGGAGGAGAUGAGACAAGAGAGCAACCAGCAGCCAGUGAACAUCUGCCCUGCCAUUGCUCCUGCUUCUCACAGCUACGCAGGCAUGGAGUCACCUGGGAUGCCCCUUCAGUUGCCUUCAGGUGUUGGUCAGCAAGAGUCUCACUGCUGUGACCUGCGGUCUGCAGAAGACCCGAUUGAAAACAGCCUGCUGAUCGUUUCAGACGAUGACAUGUCAUCUGCUAUUUCAUCUAUUCUGAAGGAUUUAGACUUUGUAGAAGAUAUAAGCCCACCUACUUGUCUGGUUCCUACUGGAGAUGACCAGCCGAAGUUUCCAGAAAAUACUGGUCUGAAACUCGAAGAUGAUAGGCAGGAUUUGAAGGGAGCUGAAUGUGUGUUUGGUUCCUUUGAGAUUUCAAAUUCAACCAGUUACUUGAAGGAUUUGGCAAUAGAUGACAUUUUUGAAGAUAUUGACACUUCAAUGUAUGAUUCAGACUUCUGUUGCCCUCCCCUGAUGCCACCCAGAUCACCAUCUCUUGCCACAGAAGAACCAUUAAAAACCUUCCCAUCCUGUAAUUCUUCUUCAGCAAACAACAUUCAGAUAUGUAGAACAGAUCUGAGUGAGUUGGACCACAUCAUGGAAAUUCUGGUUGGAUCCUGAUACUUGUUUUACCCAAAGAUACUUUUAAACUGCCACUUUCAUUUGGUUUCAGGAUAAAAGCCACUGGAAUAGUUGUAAAGAAUUCUUUAAAAAGCAAACUGAAUAAUAAUUUGUCCAUAGUAGGAUUUUCUAAGUAAUUCCAAAACUUACAAACCAAAAAAGUGGCAGAUUUUUUUUUUAAUAAUAAUUAUUUAUCAGAACUGUGCAAUCAUCAUUUUCCUUCCAGGGUGUAUGUGGAACAAUGGGCACAUACCCUCAUCACCCCUCAUGCCUCUUUCAAUAAACUUUUUUAUGUGCAAUUUUUAAUUUGACAGAAGAAUUUACAUGCAAAGCAAAUUUCAUAUGAGGUGAUCUUUUACAAUGCCUCCACUUUAUUUUUAAUAUCAGAGUUUAUGCCAAGCUGGCAUCUGUCAAGUUGCAAGAGUUAGAUUGUGUGGAUUGCAGACACGUUACUAGAGAUGGGUAUAUUUUAAAAAUGAGACACGCUUUGCUUUCUUUUGGUCAGAAAAGCAGAUCAAGACACUUACCAACAAAGUCUCUUGCAUUUUCUAAGGCAUUCAGAACUAUUUAUUUUUGUAAAUUUUAUAGUCUUUCUACAUUUUACUACGUUAUUUCAUCAUAGUUCAAAUAUAAUGGACUUCUAGUUGGAUGUGUUUAGCACUACCUCUGAGCUGAAAUGCUUUAACUCUUUCCAGUGCUUCAUCUGAGACUGCAAAUCUUUUUGUUUCUGUUUCUUUCUGGGGGAAAGUACUUCUAACUCAUUAAGUUGAUCCUUCGACAGUGACCUAGCUGAUUUGUGAAAUCAAGGGUAUUCAAUGUUUAAAAACGUUUAAGUAUUUACAAAUUAAUUUAUAUGUAGAUUGUGCAAUUUAACAUUUUUCUGUCAGUAUUAUGUGCUUAGAUUUUGAAUAAUCUUGGCAUUCUUUAAAUUAAAGCUUACUAUGUACAGGUAACUUUUUAUUCUCUUUUGGAAAACACUGUCCUUCAACCCUGCUUUCACUACAAAUUUUAAGAUGAUUUUUAUGUGCAAUAUUAUUUAAAAAGAUACACAUUUGUAUACCUGGCAUUGUGGGAAGAAACGCUUCAAACUUAAAAUCUCUAGCACCUUUGGCGGAUACUCAGUCAACAUUUCUGCAUCCUUUCAGAAGCCAAGCUGAGAACACUGAGAACACAUCACCCACUGCUGUGACAGCCCCUGCAGCUCCCCUGGGGCUGUGCCCAGUCCCUGCUGGUGGCUCUGUCCCUCCCAGGGGCUGGGGCCACCUGGGCUUUGGAACCCUGGAGCUGCUGCCCCAGCCUGUCCUGGGUGGAGCAGGGCUGUUUUUAUACAGAUACACAAACACCCUGCUCAGCUGGAGAUGAGAUUUGCAGUGAGAACUGUUUUUCCAUCAGGCAGUUUGGGUUCUGUGUUUCAGCCUGAACACAGAGGUCUAGAUUGAUGCCUGCUCUCGUCUUCUGAGUUUCGCACUUGCACAUUGCUUUUUGGUUUGGGUUUUGUUAUUUUUUCCCUUUUUUUUAAUUAUAAAACUUCUACUUUGUGCUUGAAAGCUGCAGCACCUGUCUUGGAAACUUGCAGUUGUAAAACCUUUGCUUUGGUUUGUUGUAUUUUUUUUGUUGUUGUUGUUGUUGUUCUGCUGAGACUUUUUAUGAAGGGAGGGUCAGCAGAGGGGAAAAAAAAAUGUUGCCUGUGUGUUGCAUCUCACAGAAGUUGAAAUUCUGGCCCUGUUGAAGGGGCCAGGGUGUCACCUGGUAUUUCUAGUCUUAACUGAUGCUGUGGCACACCCGCCUUGUGCAGAGAUCUCCAUUUUUUGCUGUGACUCUCUUGGUUAACAGUUAGCUGUCGACAUCUUUUGGUGUCCCAGGCCAGUGGAGAACCAUUUCAGGUCACAUCCUCGCAGCCAUCUGGGUUGUUCAGCAAUCCAAGGGUAUAAAUGUAUUUAUAUGCAUAUAUUGUAUUGAUUCUAAUAUAAAACUUCUGAUCUAAAGCAUUUUGAAUUGCUGGAUAAAGGGAUUUGUUUGAAGAGUGUAUAACUAGUUCUUGAAGAGGUACAGCUUCAGAAUGUACACAGAUUGUGCAUUGUGUAUAGACUACUCUGGCUUUUCCUCAGCCUCUACUUUUGUAUUAAAAAUAUGACUGAAUAAAUCCUUGAAAUAUUAAGGGCCUUCUGCACUGUGAUGAAACAGAGAUGUGGUUAAAAAUGUCUUUAAAUUCAGUGAUGAGGGAAAAAAAAAAAAAGGCUGCAUCUAAUCUCGCAUUUGAAAAUAUGGAAUGUUACUAUGCAGUAAAGAUAUUUUGAUAUGAAAAUUGUAUCAUAUAGCAAAUAGUGAACACUUAAUAAAUCCACUUACCUUGCAGUCUCUACAGAAACGGAAGAGAAGACAACUUUUCAACAUUUAUGUACUAAAGCUUUUUGUAUACUGCAGGAAAAGAUUUAAUUGUUGGUAGAUCUUUUAUCAACAAUUCAAAAUGCAAUUUUUGUACAAGUCCUGGCUACAGAGCUCUGUUUCUAAUUGGUUGCUUGUGUCACAGUGCCAAGACCAUGAGCUGGUGUGUAAUGCAGUUCGGUUAUGUUUGGAAUUACGUGCAAAGGGAAGUUUAAUUUUUAAAUAUGCACAAACUGAUUUCAAAAUCCUUCCAUGUUAAAUGAAGUUAGAGGCUAGUUGUGGUGGACCUAUUUAUUGUAUGUUUGGAAAUAAAAGCCACAGUUUUGCAUUA